UUAAUUAAGGUUAAUAUAGGGUCUUUUUAUAGAGUAGUAGUCAUUCAAAUGUUAAAUUACUGAAAAGAUUAGAUUUACCAUCUCUUAAGAUUUCCUAUUUAAAGGCAUGCAUUUGAGAAAAAUGACAAAUAGAACAUUUUAGUUUUUUGUUCUUAAAAGGGACUUUUUUGUUUUGCUUUUUUUAAAUUUUUUAAUGUUUAUUUGAUUUUGAGAGAGAUAGAGUGUGAGCACGGGAGGGGCAGAGAGAGAGAAAAGUGGGGGGAGACACAGAAUCCGAAGCAGGUUCCAGGCUCUGAGCUGUCAGCACAGAGCCCAGCGCGGGGCUGGAACCCACAGACCGAGAGAUCAUGACCUGGGCUGAGGUCGGAGGCUCAACGGACUGAGCCACCCAGGCUCCCUAAAAGGGACAUUUUUGAAGCAUUGUUUUAAAAAUGUCCAAUUAUACAACAUAACUAAAAAAAAAAAUUAAAACAUUUGAGUACCUCAUUGGAAGUUUCAUUCUUUAUGGAUGCCAUACAUUCCUAUUCCCCACCAUUUAGAUAUUAGGGGAAGUUACUCCAAUUUGUAUAACAACAAAAAGCUUCACUCUAUCUUCCAUGUUCAUUUGUUCUACUGUCACAUACACACUGCAUUUCUUACACUACUGGUUCCUUUAAGAGCCAAAUAGUAAUGCAUCUCUAACUCACAUUACUUGGAAACAGCCCACAUCAUUCGUAUAUAAAGAUGGGUCAUCCGAACAUGGCUUCUUAGAGUAACACCUGCCUAAUCACAUGUAUGUGCAUGUUUUAUUUUGCUAUUUUUUUAAGCUUGGUUUGGAAAAUAAUAAUAGCAAGUAAAAACUCAUAUAUAUAAUAAGCGUGGGUUUUUGUAAUAAAAAUUCAUUCACAAACCAAGUACUUGAAAUUUGGAAUUCUCUUUCUUAUAGAAAUUAUAAAAGGUGAUAAAUUAGUUGACAACCAUAAAAACCUACUUAGCAUGCAAGGUAGCUAACCUUUAGACUAAUAACGUUCUCAACUCAAUCACGAUAAACACUUUUUUAUUUCUGUUCUAAAGUGCAUAUCUUUCUUUAUGGGCACAUGCCAGUGGUAUGUUUCUGUUCUUCAUGAGCCUGGAGAGAAUAAAUAUGGUUAUCAAAGGCAGAAUAGGUGGCUCCCCAGCUACAUCCUCAAAGCCAUCAUGAUUAGUGUCAUUUCUAUUCUGGCAAAUCUUAAUGAAGACGUACCUGCUAAUGUCGGUGCUUCAAAAGAAUGGAGGGAAGACAGAAAUGGAGAAUGCAAAGGGAAAGUUUCCUGCUAUUUAAGGAAAAGCCAAGAGACUGCUUUUGAGUGACGUUUAUUCAACAGCUAGUAAACUACACUUAUUUCAGGGUCUCCCACUGAGAAACAUGGUGAUGUUUCUCCUGCACUCUCUUCAUCUGUUGUUGAACUUAUUUUGGGAACAAGUUUGCAAACACUGGCUGGAACCGGGCUAUGGUAAUAUAUGGCAGUUAUCAAUGCCAUAAAGGGUCUAAAGAGUGUCUCCUGCCACUUUGCAGAGCAAGGACUGUCUGUAAUUUUAUUCUGUGUGUUUAUUUAUUUAUUGUAGGGAGAGUGGAUAUGAGAGGAGCAAGGGAGAGAGAGAGAAUCCCAAACCAACUUCACAUUUGGAGCCCAAUGCAGCCCAGUGUGGGGCUCUAACCUACAACCCUGGGAUCACAACCCAAGCCAAAAUCAAGAAUCAGAAGCUUAACCUACUGAACCACCCAGGCACCCCUGUAGUUACAUGUUAGCAAUAAUGUUUACCUGUGUAAUGAACUUGUGUAACAUUUUUUAAUCCUCAUCUUGAAUUAAUAUCUAAGUCAUUAGAUAACAUUUAAAGCUCUCAAUAGGUAGCUAAUUUGUCUUAAUCAAAUGUAUUCUUGCAUCCAUAAUACAACGUAACCUCAAAAGAUUUUCCUAAAGAAAUAAGAAAUUGUGGGGCACCUGGCUGGUUCAUCAGUGGAGCACGGGACUCUUGAUCUCGGGGUUGUAAAUUUGAGCCCCACGUUGGGUGCAGAGAUUACUUAAAAAAUAAAAAUCUUAAAAAAAAAAAAAAGAAAUAGGAAAUUGCACUAUGCAUAGUAAACCUGUUUUUCAUGGAGAACUUCAUAGUUACUAAAGUGACUUCAAGAUGGGCCAGAACAUUUUUUCUGUUGGGAAAUUACUCUUGCUAAUAAAAGAUUAUAAUAAUUAAAAAUUAUUAGUAUUAGGAUGUUUUGAAAUUAGUGGGGUUGAAUGACUUUUGUUUGUUUAUU